CAAUCGUUACAAUAAUAAUCAUCAUCUUUGCACUCAAUUUCGUGGCCUUUCUUUUUUCCACUUCGCACGAGCCUCCAAACCAAACCAAACUUUGUUCCAACUUCCUCAAACUUUUCUGUCACUCUCAUGACUCAUAAUAGAACUGCAUCACCGACAACAAAAGGACAACGGUAAUCAGUGGAACAUGAAAAUGCAGCAAUUUGCCACCGCCGGAGAACCCAGCCACGGCGGCUCCGAUGCCCGCACGGUGGUGGUGGGAGUGAAGAUGGACUCCCACAGUAGGGAGUUGCUCACUUGGGCUUUGUUCAAACUUGCUCAGCCUGGUGAUGUUGUGCUUGCUCUUCAUGUUCUUGGGAAUGAUGAAAUCGUGAAUCGAGAAGGAAAAUCCUCUUUGUUUUCGCUUGUCAAAGCAUUUGAGUCUGUUCUUGCCGUUUAUGAAGGAUUCUGCGAUUUGAAACAGGUGGAUCUUAAGCUCAAAAUAUGUCGGGGUUCGUCAGUGAAGAAAAUUUUGGUUCGAGAAGCGGAUGCUUGUUCCGCAACACACAUCCUAGUUGGAACACCUCAUGGUCUUAGUAGAAUUCGGCCAUGUAUAUCUGUGGCAAAGUACUGUGCUAAGAAGUUACCAAAGGAUUGUUGGGUUCUUGCGGUUAAUAAUGGGAAAGUUGUUUUCAAGAGAGAUGGGUCACCCGCAACUCGUGCUGACAUAAAAGGGCUUAAUCAUCAGGAUCACAAAAAUGGGUUGCUUGGUACACUCAGCAAGAGUUCACAAGUGCUAGAUGUUGAUGGUACAGUGAUGAAUGGAAAGGGUGGUGGCCAAUUUUCGGAUCACAGUUUAGCUAAGGCUUUUCUGGACUCAAAAGAGUUCAAGGGGAAGAAGGGGUGCUUUAUUUGUGCUUCAACUCCAGCAUUGUUUGAUUCAACUUGUAAGAAUUCAGAAGAAGAGUCUUGUGGUGAAGUUGAGGAGAAGAAUCCUUUGGCAAUAGUGCCUGUGCAGACCAAUGGUGCUGCUUCUAAAGCUGGUUGGCCACUGCUUCAUAGGAAAAUUGUAUCUGACGGGAAAUGCCCUGAAAGAUCAGUGUUGCGCCAGAUCUCUGUGGUACAAUGGGCAAUGCAGUUACCCUCUAGAAAUAUUUCAUAUACUGCACAUCAUGACCAUAAAACAUAUCAUUUUGACCGGGAUAAGGAUCGGUUUUCGGGUCUAGACAGCAAUUGUGGUGCUCUUGUUCCUGUGAAUGCUGAAAUAGGGACUGUUUCUUUGCCUGAACACAAUUCAAGAAGCAUUCCUAAGGAAUUGGUGGGCCUUCAUGAGAAAUACUCAUCCACUUGCACAUUGUUUAAGUACCAAGAGCUUGUAUCGGCAACAUCAAAUUUCUUGCCUGAAAAUUUGAUUGGGAAAGGAGGAAGCAGUGAGGUUUAUAGAGGCUGCCUUCCUGAUGGCAAGCAACUUGCCGUUAAGAUCUUAAAGCCAUCUGAGGAAGUUUUGAAGGAGUUUGUUCUAGAAAUAGAAAUUAUCACUACCUUGCAUCACAAAAACAUUAUUUCCCUCCUUGGGUUCUGCUUUGAGGAUGGCAAUCUUCUUUUGGUCUAUGAUUUCUUAUCAAGAGGAAGCCUUGAAGAGAACCUCUAUGGUAAUAAGAAAAUUCCACUUGUGUUUGGUUGGACUGAGAGAUACAAGGUGGCAAUGGGUGUUGCUGAGGCUUUGGAGUAUCUGCAUGAUAAUGAAGGCCAAUCUGUGAUCCAUCGCGAUGUAAAAUCAUCAAAUGUUCUGUUAUCUGAGGAUUUUGAACCCCAGCUCUCUGACUUUGGACUUGCUAAAUGGGCAUCAACCUCUUCAUCACACAUAAUCUGCACAGAUGUUGCUGGAACCUUUGGUUACAUGGCUCCGGAGUACUUCAUGUAUGGUAAAGUAACUGAGAAGAUUGAUGUCUAUGCAUUUGGUGUUGUGCUUCUUGAGCUUCUUUCAGGGAGAAAGCCCAUAAGUGGUGAUUAUCCCAAGGGUCAAGAGAGCCUUGUCAUGUGGGCAAGUCCAAUUCUAAACAGUGGGAAGGCGUCACAAUUGUUAGAUCCUAGUUUGGGUGAUAACUAUGAUCAUGAAGAAAUGGAAAGGGUGGUCUUGGCAGCCACACUUUGUAUCAGACGUGCUCCAAGAGCUAGGCCUCAAAUCAGCCUUAUCUCUAAGCUCCUUGGAGGUGAUGCUGAUGUAAUCAAGUGGGCAAGACUAGAAGUCAAUGCUACGGAAGCACCAGAAAUGCUUGAUGAUGAAACUUGUCCACCUUCAAUUCUGCAGUCACAUCUUAACCUUGCAUUGCUUGAUGUGGAGGAUGACUUGCUCUCCAUGUGCAGUGUUGACCAACAUGUCUCAUUGGAGGACUACCUGAGAGGCAGGUGGAGCCGUUCUUCAAGCUUUGAUUAAGCAAAUUGCUAGAACAAGGAUUGUUUUUUUAAAUCUAAACCCUUUGUAGAUAGUUUUGAUGUGGUUCAUGUUCCACCAUCUAUGGCAUUGGCUGUGGAUAUUUAUAGAUAUGGGUUUAGGAUGAGAGGUUGUUUGUGUGUGCCCUCCUCCUUCCCUUCACUGUCAAGGAAACUAUGCCCUGUAAUUUGGAAGGCUAGUUACCCUUUCUCGUUCUACUUUAACUGGUGCCACUUUUAAUCCUUAAUCUCAAUUUGAUACAGUUUAAUAUGUAACGGUACGAAAAAUAAAAGAUGCAAAAGGUGUAUCUUAAAACUACAUAAUGGUCACUGUUCUCAUGCAUUUUAAUAAAGUUAAUGGAAAUUUCUUGUCUGGUGUU